GACUCAACAACCCAAAACACCUAAUUCCUCUUCUUCUGCCACGUUUUCUACCUCUCUCGAGCGUCAACCUUCUACUUUUCCUUCCCGUCCAGGAAAACGGAGAAAAGCUCUGAUCUCUCUUCCCUCAGUCUCUUUCCCAGUCCUUAAAAUUGAUUCUCCGUUCCUGUUCCUUUCUUUUCAUAAAGUUAAAAAGAGAAUAAAGAUAGUGAUAUUCCCAUAUCGUCUCACCCCUCUCUCGGGCUAUAUCAAACCCCAUAUCUCAACUACACUUAAACCCACACGUUUUGACGCCAAAGUCUUGUCUAUCAGUUUAUGCGCUUCUUCAAAUUCGCAAUCAUUCCCCAACAGACCCCUCCAAAACCCAUCUUGGCUUCUCCUCUCCCAGUGCAGAUCGGCCAGUAAUGGAGGUGGGUGUUGCCUCUGGGGCUGGAAUCUUCAUCUUCUCGAUUUUGUUUUUCCUCUCAAGUGCUGAGAUCUCACCUAAGGUGGGAGUGAACUAUGGACUAUUGGGCAACAACCUGCCCGCCGCUUCACGCUCCGUACAACUCAUCAAGGGUCUCAAAGCAGGAAGAGUCAAGCUCUAUGAUCCAAAUCCUGAGAUACUCGAGGCUCUCAGCGGCACAGAGCUUCAAGUCUCGAUCAUGGUUCCAAACCAACAAAUCUCAAACAUUUCAAGAAGCCAGAAGCUAUCAGAUCAGUGGGUGAAGACCAAUGUGGUUCCGUACUACCCCGAAACGAUGAUCCGAUACGUGCUCGUUGGGAACGAAGUCCUUAGCCUCUACGACCAAAAACAGGGCUGGCCCGAUCUCGUGCCGGCCAUGCGCCGAAUCAAGGGGUCACUGAGGAAGUUCCACAUCCACAAGGUCAAAGUCGGAACCCCAUUGGCCAUGGACGUGCUGGAAUCCUCGUUUCCGCCUUCCAACGGCACGUUUCGGUCCGACAUUUCUGUUUCGGUGGUCAGACCGCUGUUACAGUUCCUGAACCGGACAAAAUCGUUUUUCUUCCUCGAUGUCUACCCUUACUUUCCAUGGUCCUCCCAACCCCACAACAUUAAACUCGACUACGCUCUCUUUGAGGGUGGGAAUCUAACGUACACCGACCCCGGUACUGGCUUAACCUACACCAACCUCCUCGACCAGAUGCUCGAUUCGGUGGUUUUCGCCAUGAAGCGUCUCGGGUUUCCCGAGAUUCGGCUUUGGAUAGCCGAAACAGGAUGGCCCAACGCCGGCGACAUCGACCAAAUCGGCGCCAAUAUUUACAACGCUGCCACUUACAACCGAAACUUGAUAAAGCGGCUGAAUGCCAAACCGCCGGUCGGCACACCAGCUCGACCGGGUUCGGUUUUACCGACAUUUAUAUUCUCUCUGUACAACGAGAACCAGAAAGGCGGACCGGGCACGGAACGCCACUGGGGUCUACUGUACCCCAAUGAGAGUAGCGUCUACCCGAUCGAUCUCACCGGAGAGACACCGGAGUCGGAGUAUCCGCCGUUGCCAGCGCCAGAGAACAAUGAGCCGUACAAAGGGAAGAUAUGGUGUGUGGUGGCCAAAGGAGCGAACAGGACAGAGUUGGGAUCGGCACUGACAUACGCGUGCGGGCAGGGGAAUGGCACUUGCGAACCGGUUCAACCCGGUCGGAAGUGUUACAAACCGGAUUCUCUCUUUAGGCACGCGAGUUUCGCAUUCAGUUCGUAUUGGGCGCAGUUCCGGAGUACCGGCGGCACUUGCUACUUCAAUGGACUCGCAGUUCAGACCACGAAGGACCCAAGUUAUGGAUCGUGCAAGUUCCCGAGUGUAACCCUUUGAAGAUGAUCUGUCGGACAGUGAUUUGGGCGCCCCUUUUUCUCAGUUUCAUAGUUUCACUUCAUUAAAAUAGAGAUAGGUGGAGUUCUUCUGUCCACAAUUUUUAUCGAGGGGAUGUGAUUGAAAUGGGUGCCCAAUUCAAAUGCCGUAUUUUAUGACCGACCAACCUUCCAGCCCACUAUUAUUAAUUUGUUAUUAUCAAUUUAUGUCGUGAUGCCAACCCAACGGCUAUAUUUUGUUAUUUUAAUUUUGUUUUUUUGCUUUGUCUGUGGGUGUUUUUGUAAGACAACCAACGGCUACAUCAGGACAAGAGGUCUUUCAAACUUUUCGAGGCUUUCUAGAUGCUGAUGCACCUACCUUUCUCA